AUGGGGCUCCGGCCAAUCAGAUCGUCAUCCUCGUCAAGGUUCGCUUCUCAAGACGGCGUCAGAGUGAGGUGGUGCAAAUGGCCGAGCACCGGAGGUGGAGUUACUCAUUCGCCGGCCGCCACAUCAUUCUCGAUUUCCGAAUAUUGCCAAUCUGCUGGUAGCAGUAGCCUCUCCUUAAUGAUGUUUCUCAGAGGGAGGUUAACAAGAUCAAAUUGCGUCGUUGCAUGGUUUACGAAACGCAUGCUGUUUUCCAUCUUCGUUUCAUAUGCAGUAGCAGUCUUGUUGUGCUCAUCUCACCCAUUUUGCUGUGCUAGAGAUACAAUAACACACGACACUCCAAUUAACGACGGUGUUGAAUCAGAAACUCUUGUUUCAUCUGGUGGAAGAUUUGAACUCGGAUUCUUUAGCCCUCCACCUAAGGGGACUCAAAGAUAUGUUGGCAUAUGGUAUCACCAACUGAGUCCGAGGACAGUGGUAUGGGUUGCCAACAGAGAAAAACCAGUCCUCAAUUCCAAUGGUACCAGAUUCCUUGCACUCCAAGAUGGGAACCUCCAUGUGUUGGAUGCUGUUGGAAAGAGGUACUGGUCAACGGAGGUUGAAACAUCCAAGUCUCUGACGCAGACUGUGACGCUCAUGGAUUUCGGGAACCUUGUCCUAAGCGGUGGCGAUGAUCAGUUGGCAGUGAAUAUGAAACACCCCAACCCCAUUUCAUUUUUAAAAAUUGUUUUAAAGCCUUAA